AUCAUUUCAAACAAAAACACGGGGAUGAACGGGGCGGCGCUGUUUCCACACACACACACACACACACACACACACCACCUCUCUUUCCACAAUGGGACAGAAAAAGAGAAACCACGCCAGGACACGGUGCGACUCGCCGAGCUGAACCAACGGUAGUCGCUGCAGUGAUUUUGGGAUAUCGACAGCUGUGAGGAUUGUUGCUGGACAGUUGGAUCGACUCUCCCAAAUCGUCACUCCUUCCUCAUGAGGAAAGAUGGGGAACGGAUUGUCAGAGCAGCAGGGCUUCCUCUCAGGCGUCCCAUUCUUCCAGUCUUUUCACAUCGCCAUCCUCGGCCUGGACUCCGCAGGAAAGACAACCGUUCUGUACAGACUGCAGUUUAAUGAGUUUGUGAACACGGUGCCCACCAAAGGUUUCAAUGCGGAGAGGGUCAAACUGUCUCUGGGCGGCCACAGGACUGGGACGUUCCAUUUCUGGGAUGUAGGGGGCCAGGAGAAGCUUCGCCCCCUGUGGAAGUCGUACACGCGAUGCACGGACGGCAUCAUAUUUGUGGUGGACUCUGUGGAUGCAGAGCGCAUGGAGGAGGCCAAGACGGAGCUCCAUAAGAUCGCCAAAACCUCUGAAAACCAGGGGGUGCCCCUGCUGGUGGUAGCCAACAAACAGGACUUGAGGCACUCUUUGGGACUUGCUGAAAUUGAGAAACUGCUAGCGCUGAAGGAACUGGGUCCUGCAACUCCCUGGCACCUGCAGCCAGCCUGCGCUAUAAUCGGAGAUGGACUGCGGGAGGGAAUGGAGAGACUCCACGACAUGAUCCUGAAGAGGAGAAAAGUGCUCCGACAGCAAAGGAAAAAGAGAUAAACUUGAGAAGGACUUGCCUGCUGUUAUUUGUGAAGGAAACAAAGGAUCUUCUCCUGCGUGGUUACAGGCAUCCACUGCGGGUCCAGAUUCAACAUACUGAGUUUUAUCAGUCCAGAACUGAGAUUUAGGAGUCCCCGGUCUUGUGACGAUGCUGUUUGAUCAGGAAGUGACACAUAAAGGAAUACAGGAUGAAGAUGAGAAAGUUUCAGACAUGUGUGGAUAUGCUAUAAAGAGUUUAAAUAGAUUUUUUUGAAAAAGGGGUUUGGGGUUUGGAUGGGUGAGAAGAGUUAAGGAUGCUGUAUGUUUUAUGAAUGGCUGUUCCAAACAAUAUUACCAAAAAUAAUUUAAGACUAGUUCAAGAGCUGUUUGGUAAAUGAUUGAACAUUCUUUUAUCAGAGGGGCAAUGAAAUAUACAUCAGUUUAAUUUUUUGUUGUUUUGUAUGUUAUUAGAACUUGUUUUAUUCUUUUUCACACUGGACUUUCUUUGUUAAAGAAAAGUAUUUUCAUGCGUUAUCGCAUUAUUAGAGAUGUGUUUGACUGCUUAUAUCACUCAUUUUUUUAAAGCACUUUAGAUUAUCACUUCAUGUGAAGUUUACAGUUUUUAAAUGCAGCGUAUUGUGUUGGAUUUUGCAGAAAUGUUUGGGCAAAAUACAACAGAUGCCUCUGUAGUUGGUGCACGUUGGCCACCUUGUCAUUAGACAGGUUAUGCAUUAUGUUUUGCUUAAUAAAACGUGUUGAGAGCA